AUGUCGGUGGAUGUAAGCGGAUCGACGUACUUGGCGUGCGGGUUGAGGUCGUCGCUCGCGUGCACCUGCACGAAGCGCGGCGGCAGGCAGUCGUCGGCUACGCAGCGCGCGAUGAAAUUGGAGAGCAGCACCACCGCGUCGGGCGUGUCCAGCACCAGGUCGGGCAGCUUCUCCAGCAGACGCUCGAACGCUAGUACGGUGUGGGAUUAU